UUUAACGGCAUUAUUCUUUCGUUUCAGUGUUUGCGUAUACUGCACUUAGCCUUUGUAGGGCAGUAUUGUUGGCUAUUGCUACAAUUAUACCCAAGUUACCAAAAGACCACAAUUUUGUGGUCCUGGGUCACAACUAGAAAAUCUUUUUCAUAACAUCUUCCCACAUAUAAACACAUUUAUCGUUUGGUUUAACAGUCAUUGCAUUAGCAUGAAAACCAUAAAAAGUCUUUAACACUUAUGUGUGCCAUUUAAUUACCAAACCUCUAACAGAUGCAAUUCAAUAACACAACACAAGUGUUUUAAACAUUGUACUUAACCACAACAACUGUCCUCUAUGUUAUGGUGUUUUGCUGACACAUGACAUGUACAUGAAGUACUGAGUUAAUCUUCAUAAGAGCAGCCCCGUCCGCCUACACUUUGUCUUACCCUUUUUCUUCCUGUUGUGGUUUUCAGUGGAUGAUGAUUCUGAGGGGGAAGGUUUCAUUUGUCAAACUGCAAGUGAAGCGCAUCACACGUACAUCAUCUAGAUGCAUUUAUGGAGACUUUUAUGAAUUAGUUACACAUGAUAAUAAAAUGUUGAGUUAGCUGGAUAAGACGACGGCCUAACUCACAAUGCCUGGAUGUUAUGUUCAUGUUUGGCUCUUUCUGUUUCAUAUUUUUGCGAGAGAAACUCUUGGAGUCACAGUGCAGACAGGAUUAUACAGUCGAGUUGAGCUGACAGGAGAAAACCUGGAUCAUCAUACAAACCUGGAGUCAGUGGAAUGGACUAACCCAAAAAAAUCCUGUCUUUGUCUUCGGUUUGUUAAAAAGAGUAGUAACACCACAAACUACAGUCCAUGCUGUGGAAAAGCUCAUUUCUAUUUGAACAAUAACACUCUCAUUUUAGAGAAUGUGACAGCACAGGAUGAAGGAGUCUUUAUGGAAACUAUAGUCAAUGAAAGUGGAGUUACAAAAACAUUAAACAUUACAUUAUAUAUUGUAUAUCCACCAAAUGCAAGAGAAAUUGUGGUCACCUGGACGACCAACACAUCAGUGUCUCUCACAUGUGAAGUGACCGCGACAUUUACACACAUAAUGUGGAAGAGAGAAGAUUCUCCCAUUCUAGAAGACAACAGACACUCAUUGAGCGAAAACAACCAGACUCUAAACAUCAGCAAUAUGACCAGAUCAGAUGAUGGAAAAUACAGUUGUGUGGCGACAAAUGCAUAUGGAAAAUCAGAAACGCACACAAAGGUUACCUGUGAGAAAUGCUGUAUGCAUCGUGAAAACCCAACUUCAAACUUCGAACUGAUCAGAUUUUGUUUACAGUAGAAGAUUGACAAUCAUAGGCAUUUUGGAAUUGUGUUCUUUUGUAUCAUUAACAAAUAGCAUCACUGACUUCUAAAAAUGUUUAAAGGUCUUCUGUACUGACACUUGAUUCUUUGUAAACGGGCGGAAAUGGAUAUAUUUGUGGUUGUGGUCGAAACAUCCCUUAUCAUGAUCUUUGUCUGCUCCAAUGCUAUGUUUAGUAUCUCUUUCUUUUCAUUCUCUCAUGACACAUACAUUUGUACAUGGUAAAGA